GGAAGGGAGAGAGAGACAGAGGGGGAGGAGGAGGCUGGAGCAGCAGAGACAGAGUGCAUUAGCUAAGCACUGGAGCACUCUGAAUUGGACAGCCAGGCUGUGUGCAUAGGAGUGCUGCUCUGCGCCUCCACACCCGGGAUCCAGCAGUGUAACAGGAUGGAGAGGAGUUUCUGAGGACAGGAGCAGGGGACCCCGGACACCCUCGCUGGAAACUAUCUCUGGCUGUUGUGGUUGUACAUUUUCUCCUUCCCUGCCCGGGGCGCUAUGGACAGGAGCCGGGUGACGGCUGGGCACGUGUAGGCGCUCCCCCAGGUGCUGUGUUACCCCCGGCCACUGCCCCGGAGGCAGCAGCGCACUUCCAGAGAGUUUGGUGAUGGGGCUGCUGUGAGCCCCGCUGUGGAUACCGGCUGCUGCUGCUGAGCGGAGACAGAAGGAGCCUCUGAGUUGUGCCCCCACACCCUGCUCUACCCUGGAUUUGCCCCCCCUGGGAAGCGCUAUCAUGGAGACUGUGAGUAGGAGCUUCCAGCCCCAUCCAGGUCUGCAGAAGACGCUGGAACAGUUCCACCUGAGCUCCAUGAGCUCCCUGGGCGGUCCGGCCGCCUUCUCAGCGCGCUGGGCGCAGGAUAUGUACAAGAAGGAGAGCGGCAAGGAGCCCGAGCCCGUCCUGCAUCUGCCAGUGCAGCCGCCGCCGGUCAUCCCCGGGGGGCCGCUCUUCAUGCCCUCCGACCGCUCCACGGAGAGGUGCGAGACCAUCCUGGAAGGGGAGACCAUCUCCUGCUUCGUGGUCGGCGGGGAGAAGCGGCUGUGCCUGCCCCAGAUCCUCAACUCCGUGUUGCGGGACUUCAGCCUCCAGCAGAUCAACUCCGUGUGCGACGAGCUGCACGUCUACUGCUCCCGCUGCACGGCCGACCAGCUGGAGAUCCUCAAAGUCAUGGGCAUCCUGCCCUUCUCCGCGCCCUCCUGCGGCCUCAUCACCAAGACGGACGCGGAGCGGCUGUGCAACGCGCUGCUGUACGGGGGCAGCUACCCUCCCCGCUGCAAGAAGGACUUCCCGGGCUCGCUGGAGCUGGAGGUGACGGAGAAGAGCUUCAGGGUGUACCACGAGUGCUUCGGCAAAUGCAAAGGGCUCUUUGUGCCCGAGCUGUACGGGAACCCCAGCGCGCCCUGCAUCCAGUGCCUGGACUGCCGCCUGCUCUACGCGCCGCACAAGUUCGUGGUGCACUCGCACAAGGCGCUGGAGAAUCGGACAUGCCACUGGGGCUUUGACUCUGCCAACUGGAGGGCAUACAUCCUCCUGGCCCAGGAUUAUGCCAGCGACGAGGAGCAGACCAGGCUGGGCCGGCUGCUGGAGGAGAUGAAGGAGAAGUUUGACUACAGCAACAAGUACAAAAGGAAAGCUGCCAGGCUUUCUUCUGAACCUGCUGCUAAAAAGUUAAAAGCCGAUGACUCCAUCAUCCACUCCCCGAACUUUACUGAGAAAGACAAAUCAUCUAGUUGGUUACGGAAUUUGUCAAACUCCAGCAAAAAUACGGGAUAUGUUCACCCACGCCAGCGCCUCUCGGCUUUCCGGCCCUGGUCCCCCGCCAUUUCAGCAAAUGAGAAGGAGCUCUCUACUCAUCUGCCUGCCCUUAUCAGAGAUAGUUUUUAUAAUUACAAGAGCUUUGAGAACCUAGUUGCCCCAAAUGUUGCUCUGGCACCCCCUGCCCAACAGAAAGUCAUCACAAGCCCUCUGUGUGCCCCCGCUGUGCCAAGAAGCACUCCGGCGUCAGGCAGCCCAGCGCAGUCCCGGAAACGGAGGCCCACCGCAGAACAGCCCCCAGGUCCUGAGGCACCAGCGCCUCCCCCAACAGCCCGGGAGGAAGAGAAGGAAUCUGAAACUGAGAUUGAGGUUGAAAGUAGAGAAGAAUGUAAGUUUACCUCUUCGCUCUCCUCGCUCUCUUCUCCUUCCUUCACAUCCUCAAGCUCCGCCAAGGAGUUAAGUUCUCCAAGCAUGUUAGCCCCAACUGUGAUCAACCCUUCUUAUGAGGUGACGCCUCACGGUGACUUCCAUAGCAGCGGACUUGAGGCAGAGUUGGAGCACCUAAGGCAAGCCCUGGACAGUGGUCUGGAUUCUAAGGAAGCCAAAGAGAAGUUCCUUCAUGAAGUAGUCAAAAUGAGAGUGAAACAGGAAGAGAAACUGAAUGCUGCUUUACAAGCCAAGCGGAGCCUUCAACAGGAGCUGGAGUUCCUCCGUGUUGCCAAGAAAGAGAAGUUGAGAGAAGCAACAGAGGCAAAACGCAAUUUAAGAAAAGAAAUUGAACGUUUAAGAGCAGAAAAUGAGAAGAAAAUGAAAGAGGCCAAUGAGUCACGUUUACGUCUCAAACGGGAGCUGGAACAGGCCAGACAGAUUAGAGUAUGUGACAAGGGCUGUGAGGCUGGCAGGAUACGGACUAAAUACUCUGCCCAGAUAGAAGAACUGCAAGCAAAACUACAGCACGCAGAUAGCGACAGAGAUAAGCUGCGGACAGAUCUCGUACACGAGCGGGAAGCCCGAGAACACUUAGAAAAAGUUGUGAAAGAUCUACAAGAACAACUUUGGGCCAAGCCCAGCAACUUUUCCAGCAGUGAACACACACGAAAAGACAUUGAAAACUAAAGCGAAAAAAGACUAAAACAAAAAAACAAACAAAUAACACACCUUAUCUAUUCAUAUACAAAUUCUACGUAUAUGCACAGGAAGAAGAGGAGGUCGUCCGAUGUAUGCAUGAAUAGGUGCAUGUGUGAGUGUAUGGAGUGUGUGCAGUGAGCACACUCAUAAAUAUAAACUUUUUAUCAAGUCGGAGGGGAAUAAGAAAGUUACCCUAUACAACAGAAGCACUGAACUAUGCCUCGUUUGAACCCACACAGCACAACAUCUUACUGUGCCUCAGACAGAGUGUUUAUAAAUAGAGCCGUUUAGGUUCACAACUCUUUCUUUUUCUACACAUCAACUACAAAAUGGAACAGCAGCAUUCUACAGUCAAAGAUUCAAAAAAAAGAAAAAAAAGCAAGCAUGAUCAGACCUUUUUUUUUUUUAAAUCAUUCUUAAGCUUGCCUGGAACACUUUGAGAUUUACAUUUUCUUAUAAGCUAUUUAAUAUAAAAAUAUAUAUAUAUUAAAAUAAUGAGGACAUUGUAAAGACUCGAUAUUGAAAACAUGGGGGGGGGGGGUGUUUGGCGCAAAUCUGAUUUUUGUAUAACAAAACAAAGUGUAAUGCACAAUUUUAAAUGACUUGUUACAGGCUUUUUGGGGGUUUAUUGGUUUAUUACAACUAUAUAAAUCCUCCCUCUCUACGCUGGAACCAACCCACCCACCGUCCACCUCAAUGCCAUAUUCACGUCGACUGUGCAAUGUAUUGGUAGCAAGCCAUCAAUUUUGAACCCUGUUAAUUAUAGACUCUGCUGCAUAAAGUGGCCUCUCUAUCAGA